CUAUUGUUAAUGAUAAUUUGGAUCUUUUGCAAAAGCCUCCUUUUAAGUAUGUUAUCUAAUGAUAAGAUUUGUAGGUGGAGCAGUCUAUACAGGAUAAUGGAGAGGCAAUUCUCGAUAUGGUUAUGGGAUUUAAGUCUGGCCUGAUGGAGCUCAGUAUAAAGGAGAAUGGAAACAUAAUAAAGCCAAUGGAAAUGGUACAUUCAUACAUGCAAAUGGUGAUGUUUAUGAAGGGGAAUGGGAAAACGAUAUGGCUAAUGGUUAUGGAAUAUAUUAACACAUUGAGGGACCAAAAUAUGAAGGAAAUUGGCUAAACGAUAAAUAACAUGGUUUUGGUAUUGAAUGCUGGCCUGAUGGUUCUUUUUAUGAAGGAGAUUAUUACAAUUCUUAUAAGCAAGGAAAAGGAAAAUACGUUUGGAACACAGGACAGAUUUAUACAGGGGAAUGGGUUUAAAAUUAAAUAUCUGGAUAUGGAUGUAUGACUUGGCCUGAUGGUAGAAAGUAUUAAGGAGAAUUUCAUAAUGGUACAAUGCAUGGACGUGGACUUUAUACUUGGCCAGAUGGACGUAAAUAUUAAGGAUAGUAUUUUAGAGACUAAAAACAUGUAUAAAUAACAUAACAAUUAUAUAGGGUUAUGGUUUGUAUGAUUGGGGAGAUGGAAAAAAAUUUGAAGGUGAAUGGGAAUUUGGAAAACAACAUGGGAAGGGAUGUCUAAGCUUGAAUGAAUAAAAUUUUAUUGGUUAAUGGAAUAAAGGAAGGCGUAUCAACUGA